AUGACUCUAGAGAGUAUCUUCAGUAAAAUCUACUUAAACCCUCCAUCUAUAACAUUCAGUCACACACCAAAGAAACAAACUUCCUCAAUUACUAUCACUAAUUACUCGGACGAAACAAUCAUAUAUAAGAUGAAAAGCACACGUCCAGAUCUAUUCAGAAUGAGUCCCGUAUAUGGUAUAAUAGAACCCAGAAAGGAGGCUGAUGUUCGAUUAACAUUCAAAGGGCUCCUGGAGAAUCAGCCACAUCGAAAUGAAAGGUUCACUGUUGUGUUUGCAAUAUCCCCUUCUAAUGAAACUUAUAAUGUUCGGAAGUUGUGGCAAAUGCAAAAGGAGAAAGACCCAACUAAGAGCGAAAUCGUCAAGAAAAAAGUGCAAAUAGUGUUAGCCACAGAGCAUACAGAGACUCCAACACCGGAGGGGAGUGUUCCGCUUGCAGAAGAUCCGGAUGAUGAUAUCAUAAGAGCACCGAAAGGCCGAAUAAGGAGGAAAUCUAGAGGAAUGGUUGAAGAUGACGUAGGAUACGCGGGACAAAUCCCACAUGUACACAAAGUUCCCGAGAAUCUAGUAGCUCAUGAGAUUGUGGAGGAAAACUCUUUCAGUGGAGAGGAACCACGAAGCAGAUCAGAGUCUCGUAAAUCGAGAAAAUCGGAAAUCAGAAUGAAAGAAAAGAGUUCAAGAAAACGACAACGCUCCACCAUUUCUAAAAGUGAGGAGGCGUUCACCACAGGAAUUGAAAUGUCUGCACGUUUCGAAAUACCAAAUUAUUGA